UUCUUCAAAGCAGAAGGUCGCGCUUGGAGGAAGUGUCGGCUUUCGGUCCCGUGGCCGCAGCGCCGUUACUACUUCUCUGAACCUCCUCUCGGCCACUUGCCGAGACACCUUGCCGCCAGGAUGCCUCGAAUUAUGAUCAAGGGGGGCGUGUGGAGGAAUACCGAGGAUGAAAUUCUGAAAGCAGCGGUUAUGAAAUAUGGGAAAAACCAAUGGUCUAGGAUUGCCUCACUUCUACACAGAAAAUCAGCAAAGCAGUGCAAAGCCAGAUGGUAUGAAUGGCUGGAUCCAAGCAUUAAGAAGACAGAAUGGUCCAGAGAAGAGGAGGAAAAACUCUUGCAUUUGGCCAAAUUGAUGCCAACACAGUGGAGAACCAUUGCUCCAAUCAUUGGAAGAACAGCUGCGCAGUGCUUGGAGCACUAUGAAUUUCUCUUGGAUAAAGCUGCCCAGAGAGACAAUGAAGAGGAAACAACAGAUGAUCCAAGAAAACUUAAACCUGGAGAAAUAGAUCCAAAUCCAGAAACAAAACCAGCACGGCCUGAUCCAAUUGAUAUGGAUGAAGAUGAACUUGAGAUGCUUUCUGAAGCUAGAGCUCGCCUGGCUAAUACUCAGGGAAAAAAGGCCAAGAGGAAAGCAAGAGAGAAACAAUUAGAAGAAGCAAGACGUCUUGCUGCCCUCCAAAAGAGAAGAGAACUUCGAGCAGCUGGCAUAGAAAUUCAGAAAAAAAGAAAAAAGAAGAGAGGUGUUGAUUAUAAUGCUGAAAUCCCGUUUGAAAAAAAGCCUGCUCUUGGUUUCUAUGAUACAUCUGAGGAAAAUUACCAGGCUCUUGAUGCAGAUUUCAGAAAAUUAAGACAGCAGGACCUGGAUGGGGAGCUAAGAUCUGAAAAGGAAGGAAGAGAUAGAAAAAAAGACAAGCAGCAUUUGAAAAGGAAAAAAGAAUCUGAUUUACCAUCGGCUAUUCUUCAAACUAGUGGUGUUUCUGAAUUUACUAAAAAGAGAAGUAAAUUAGUACUUCCUGCGCCUCAGAUUUCAGAUGCAGAACUACAGGAAGUUGUAAAAGUAGGUCAAGCAAGUGAAAUUGCACGUCAAACUGCUGAGGAAUCUGGCAUAACAAACUCUGCUUCCAGUACUCUUUUGUCUGAGUACAAUGUCACCAACAAUAGCAUCGCUCUUAGAACACCACGAACGCCAGCUUCUCAGGACAGAAUUCUGCAGGAAGCCCAGAACCUUAUGGCCCUCACCAAUGUGGACACCCCAUUAAAAGGUGGACUUAAUACCCCUUUGCAUGAGAGUGACUUUUCAGGUGUGACACCACAGCGGCAAGUUGUACAGACUCCCAACACUGUUCUUUCUACCCCGUUCAGGACUCCUUCUCAUGGAUCUGAAGGGCUAACUCCCCGAAGUGGGACUACUCCUAAACCAGUUAUUAACUCCACCCCGGGUAGAACUCCUCUUCGAGACAAGUUAAACAUUAAUCCUGAGGAUGGAAUGGCAGACUACAGUGAUCCCUCUUAUGUGAAGCAGAUGGAAAGAGAAUCUCGUGAACAUCUCCGUUUAGGAUUGUUGGGCCUUCCAGCCCCUAAGAAUGACUUUGAAAUUGUUCUACCGGAAAAUGCUGAGAAGGAGCUGGAAGACCGUGAAAUCGAUGACACUUACAUUGAAGAUGCUGCUGAUGUGGAUGCACGAAAGCAGGCUAUACGAGAUGCAGAGCGUGUAAAGGAAUUGAAACGAAUGCACAAAGCUGUUCAAAAAGAUCUGCCAAGACCAUCAGAAGUAAAUGAAACUAUUCUAAGACCCUUAAAUGUAGAACCACCUCUAACAGAUUUACAGAAAAGUGAAGAAUUAAUUAAAAAAGAAAUGAUCACAAUGCUUCAUUAUGACCUUCUACAUCAUCCCUAUGAACCAUCUGGAAAUAAAAAAGGAAAAGCUGUAGGAUUUGGUACCAAUAACUCAGAGCACAUUACUUAUCUGGAACAUAACCCUUAUGAAAAGUUCUCUAAAGAAGAGCUGAAAAAGGCCCAGGAUAUUCUGGUGCAGGAGAUGGAAGUGGUCAAACAAGGAAUGAGCCACGGAGAACUUUCAAGUGAAGCUUACAACCAGGUGUGGGAAGAAUGCUACAGUCAAGUUUUAUAUCUUCCGGGGCAGAGCCGCUACACUCGGGCCAACCUAGCUAGCAAAAAGGACAGAAUCGAGUCACUUGAAAAGAGGCUUGAGAUAAACAGGGGUCACAUGACAACAGAAGCCAAGAGAGCUGCAAAGAUGGAAAAGAAGAUGAAAAUUUUGCUUGGUGGUUACCAGUCUCGUGCCAUGGGGCUUAUGAAACAGUUAAAUGACUUAUGGGACCAAAUUGAACAGGCUUACUUAGAGUUACGCACUUUUGAGGAACUUAAGAAACAUGAAGAUUCUGCUAUUCCCCGGAGGCUUGAGUGUCUGAAAGAAGAUGUUCAGCGACAACAGGACAGAGAAAAAGAACUUCAACAUAGAUAUGCUGAUUUGCUGGUGGAGAAAGAGUCGUUAAAAUCCAAAUUCUGAAGCAUAGUUUCUGUUCUGUCACAAGAUGAGUUAGUUGCUGGUUUUCAUACUCUGGAGGGCUGAAACUGAUGUCUGCAUUCGUUGACAAAUUUGCCCAUGAUCUGUGUUUUUUCGGUUGUUUACUUUAAAUGAUAUGAUCUUACACAUUCUCUGUAUAAAGACUUCAACUCCACAGGAAAUUUUAGGGUUUAAAUUAUUAAGAUGAUCAUUUUUUUAGUUUUGGCUUUUAAUUUUAAAAGCCUUUAAAAAUAAAAGCCUGUGAGUAAAACUCUUGAAUAAAAACAAAAUGUAAAGAAUUGAGAUUGCAGUCUUUUGUUUGAAGUAAUUAGAUACUUAGUACUCAUUAACCAGCAAAUAUGUACUCUCAUAUUUAAUGAGUAAUUCUGUCUGAUAAUCAAAAUGGCAAUCCAGUAUCUUAAAGCCUUAUGAGACAAUCAUUUUAAGUGGCUUUGUUAAUUUAGAUAGUUUUAGCAUAAUGGUCAUUUCCCUAUAUGUUGAUAAAAUAAACUUUUAAUAUCUGUGGGUUUUUUUUUUAAUUUUUUUUUUAGUAUAACUUUAGUGUAGGUCUCUUCUCAGCUUUCACACAUUUUUUAGAUUAGAACUCAAAAGAUUUAAUUUUUCUUGACCUGUAACUUUCUUAUAAAAUUUUUUUUUUUUUUUGACAAAGGCAUUUUAAAGAUUAAUUUCAACAAGGCCAUCAAAUUUAACAAGUCAGUCACACAAAUACAGAAUUUGGGAAUUGGGUAGAGGUUGGAAGAUGUAAUUUUAUAACAAUUUCAUAAAUCAUUUAGGACAGAAUUAGUUACAAGUUAAGAAUAGGACAACAAUGUAUUUAAUUUGCUACAAUGCUUAGCCCAAUCUUAGAAUGAGGAAUUCAUAUAUCAUGACUAUAUACCCUAUCAGAGUCCUGGAGAAAGAAUAGCAAAUAAAAGAUGUGAUUCCUAUUUUGUGGAAUUUAACAGUGAAUUGAGAAUGACAGUUGAGUACUCUUAUGUGCCAGGUAUUUAUGUGCUGGAGAUGAACAAUGAUUAAGGUAGUUAUUGCUCUUAUCAAGGUGAGAUACUAACAGAUGGAGAAAAGUAUCAGAUCAUGAACUUUAGAUUCAGUGGAGGAAAUUAAAAUAGGGUGAUGGGAGAUAGUGACUGGAUGGCUAGGUUGAAUGAUCAAAAAGCUCUCUGAGGAGGUAAUAGUUAAGAAAGAUGUGAUUGACAUCUUAGGAUAUGCCAUCAUUGUGAGAUUUAUGGGAAGAGUAACCCAGGCAGAGUGAAGAACCAGCACAGAGCCCUUCUGUUGUGUUAGAGAAACAAAAAGGAAAACACGGUGGCUUGAGGGUACAGAAUGGCAUUUGUAUAAGCCUGGUUGUAUAGGGCUGUAUUUUAAGGCCAGGGCAAAAAAAUUUGGAUCUUAUUCUAACUAUGCUGGGAAGCUAUAAGAGGAUUCUGAACAAAGGAACAACAGGAUUAUAUUUGUUAUGGAGACUCUGGUUAUACUGUGUCAUGUCUCAUCAGGCUGAAGAAAGGGAAAUCAGUUCAUUUAGGAGCCUAAUGUAAGCCUGGGAAACAAUGAUAGCAAUUUGAUACAGGUAGAGGCAGAUCCCAUGCCAACACACUAGAUACUGUUUUCCUAGUAUCUAGUCACUUAAUUCUGGCAUUUUUUUCCCCAGUAAUUUCACAUGGAUUAGGAAAUACUUUGAUAUCAUACGUGAAUACUAUUAUUUCUUCAAUAAUGUAAUUUUUGUUGCAUGUUUUGUUGCCUGAUAUGUUUAGAACAAUGUUAACUAACAGUGGUGAUGUGUUAGAGGAAUGAGAAUGUCCAUAAUAUUUUAGCUUCAGGUUGACUGUUUUGAGUUACUGAUUCUUGAGACAGGAAAUAUCCCUCUAUUUUUAGUUUUUGAAGAAUUUGGAUUAGGUAUAGCUCUGGAAUUCUGUCAAGUAUGCUUUUUGGACAUCUGUUAAGAUGAUCAUAUAGUUUUUCCAUUUGAUUCGUUGAUGGCAUUAAUAAAACUUUCUAACAUUAAACCAUCUGAACUCCUGAAAUCAGGUAGAUUAAUUAAAAAAAAUUAAAAAGAAUUUAGUUUAUUUGUGCUUUAAGUAGCCUUGAAUCAAUGGAUUUAAAAUAGUUGACUUAAUACUUUGUUUUCAGAAUUUGAAUACACAAACAUUCAGCCUAAAAAAAUGACCAAGAAUUGUAUAAUUUCAAAACUGACAGUGUCAGUGCAUUGGAAACUGCUUGUGUUUUUGCCACAUAGCAGUGCAGCUUUAGCUGGUAAGUAGACCUAACAUCCUCUGCCAGUAUCCUGUAAAGCCAGAGUUGUUUUCCAGCACCACUAUGAGAGUACUCUUAGUGCCUAUUUUAACAUUCACAUUUAUCAUAUUCUCCUACGGGUGUUCAUUUAGUGGCAGUGUUAAAAUACUGUGGAAAAGCAUGUUCAAGUCUCAGGAACUUUGGACAGAAAUUAACUGAUAAAGAGCCAAAAGAAACCACCACCGUGAGCAGGAGUCCUCUUUGCAACAUUACAAAUAAUGAGGCGAUAAUAGAAAGCAGUCUCAAAACAUGCACUCUCUUGGCUAGUAGACUGAAGCUGUCCAAGCACAUGUCCUCCCUAUUUUUACUUUUAUUUUUCUGGAAAAAUUAGUUUUGAAGUAAGUGAUGAUCUCUUAAAAUGUGACUGCCCUGUUGGUAUUUUAGAAUUUGAUUUGCAUAUAUAUAUUUUAGGAAAAUUUGCAUUUUAACAUGAAUGUGAAAUUUGUCAUUUGAGCUAUAUUCCAAAUGUUGACAUAAGGCUAGUUCUAUACAGUGAGUAGUAUAGCUGUAUAUAUUUUUCUGUACAUUAAGCAGUUAUAUAACAAGGGGAUAAUUUGUUUCAUGAAGAAUCAAAGAACUGUGCAUAUAAAACUUGAGUUCAGAGCCUUUCUUGGGAAUAACUUCAUGAACUGUCAGUUCCUUCUGUGACUAUUAGUAUGUUAUCUAUUAAAAUUUAAUAUUUUCUGUUUUGAAAUGUAUUUUUCCUUUUGUGUUUUCUACUAAAUUUAAGUGUAAUUUAUACUUUUCCAGAAAACUUCAUUUUGUUGAAAUGUAAAGAUUUAUGAGC